AAACAGAUGAUUUAAUGUUGAAAACUAUACUGUGCUUGGUUUUUGUUUAUUUGCUUUUCUUGGUGCUUGAUAUAAGCUGUAGGGUGUUUAAGUUUUUAUUUUUAUUUUUAUUUAUUUUAUUUUUUCUCAUAGUGGUAAAUCUACCUGGGUUGAAUGUGUUGUAAAAGCUUUGGUUCCACGAUGCAAUACUCUAUUCAUACUAAACACAGACACAGAAAAAGUUCUGAAUUGUCUGUUAGCUGUAACAUAUGAAGGCUCAGUAUACAUUUUUUUAACAGAUCUUUUAAGGUAUCUGGACAAGGGACAUCAAAUAAGGAGGCACAGUGGCUAUUGAUCAUUUGAAGUAUGUUAUGGUGUUGGAGAAACUUGUUUUUUAAUGGCAUGUUCAUAAAAGACCCAAUCUCGUGCAAUUUUUAUGACUUUACUUAAAUGAAAGGCUUGCACUGUGUCCAUUCAACUUACUUCUCACCCUAAGAGUCUGUGAUCCUAAGGGAAUUUGCAGUAAUGUCAAGGAGCUUGCUGUUUGUUUAAAAGAAAAUCUUGCUGGAAAGAAUUCAUUUUCAGUGAUUUAAAGGUGAAAAAAUAUGACCGUCACACUUUCAGUAAUAAAAUCGGUGGCCAUAAGCUGUUCUGUGUUUGCCAGGGCACUGUUGUCCCCACAGUGAUGGUUUGCCCGUGGUUCUCAUCUCAUGUCAUUAACAGUGUGUGAGAGAGAAGCACACGUGGUGUAUUGCUGAGAUUUAAGGUAGAACUUCCUCCUAAUUAUUGUAGCAGUUCUCUUAGAUAAUUCAUUGUGGGGGGAAUGUUAUUAAAUGCCCCACAGCUAAUGUGAUCAGCUCCUUAUUUAGUCACCAGCUGUUUCUCUGAAUUGAGAGAGAUAGGUGGAGGAAAGUUCCAUUUUAAGCUUUGCAACGAUGAUUUAAAGUUUCACUGUUUUACAGCUGCUCUUUUGUAGAUCUAGAGCUACAAAAGUUUCGUUUCUUUUCAGAGUGUUCUUCCCUAUGAAUGUAAUGAUGGCUGUUUCCACAAAUGUCAGGAAGUAGGAAGUACCUCAUUUGCUCCAUAUCGUGGCCCCAUAAUUGCAGACUUCAGUGUAUAGGCAGUCCCAUCUCAAGAUGGGGGGCCAUCACUGCCCUUGCUUAGCCAUCUGCCUCUGCCUCCUGCUCAGGAAGCUCAGGUUUAGAGGAACUCAGAGGGAUCUGGUUACAAGCGGGGCUUGUGGCUCAGAGAUACAUCAGGCCCUGAGGAGCUUCCAGCUACCCUGCUUAUAAAAGUUGAAGAGCCGGAUCUAUUCAUUUCCCUCCUUAAGAUGUUUGUGUUUUUUUCCUGCUCUGGACUAGUCUCAUAGGAAUGAAUUAGAGAAUUGCCUCUUUUCCGGGAUAUACAACCAACUUUUAAUGAGAAAUAAGAUUACAAAUGAACACUAAGAAUGGUUUUCAAGACCCCCUAAAAUCUGCCACAACCUUGAAGAAGUAUCAAAAGUUGAUUUUGAUUCCAAGCAGUAGGCAGGAGGAUGACGUGUUGGAUGUACAAGGCAGAGAAUUUGUUUGCUGUCAAUUUGAAAAACAAGUUGCACUAUUAUGUGGCUUUUCCUAUUUAUAUAGUUUAUAGAAUGCUAUAAACUAUAGCAGUGAGCUCACUUGCGUCGAAAGAGGGAUCCAUGUGAACUUUUAACUUGAAAGUUGAUUCAUACAAAACAGAUUUUGUAAGAAAUAUUAGUACGUUAAUGAUCAGAUGUUGAGAUUUAACAACAUCUAGGUGAUAGAAAUGUUUAGGAUUCUACCUUUAGGAAUCCUGAAUGUUAGAACAUUUAGCUGAUAAAAUAUUGUAGGAAAAGAAAAUUAUCUGAUGAAUUUCUGCACAUCUUGCUUAUAUGAUUGGGUGACCAUGAAGGAGUAGGGGAGUCACACACAGGAUUAUUAUACUACAUAUCCAUUGCUUACAGGUGGGCUGUCUGUUCCUCUCAUGUGCACUUGGGGCCCCAGACUGGUAGAGCUCCCACCUGAUCUAGAGAUCACCCAUCACUGUGGUGGCAGUGGUUGUGGGAGGUGUCCCUCACAUCUGACCUCAGCUUCAUAUUCUGUCUCUGUUCAACCCAGUCAAUUCCUGAUCAUAUUUGAGACCUCAAAUCUUGUAGGGUCUCCAGCCCUCUGUGAGAGGAAACUUGUUUUUCUUAACUGAGAACCUUUUAGAGAUGUCAGCGAGGCAGAGGGAGAGUGGAAUCACUCCUAGCUUCUGCUUUUCUCCUUUCCUGUUAGGAAUCAUGGCUAACCAAGCAGAAGGGGAAAUGUCUGAAGCAGUCGCCUUGGCUCUCCACCAGGGUAUUUUGGGGCCUCCAGCUAAGGACACCUCUUUAGAGCAGCAAGUGGGGUAGAACUGAAAUCCCAGCAGCCCCUCCAGGGGCUGGAGCCAGUAGGGUUAAUUGUACAAGCUUGUCAGAGGCCUUUGGAAUCUGAAGGAACCUGUAGGUUGCUGGACCUGAGCUCAGCUCUCACUUUACAGAGGCUCUCGUAGGCCCGGAAAAACUUAGGGUAGUCACUCCAGACGACAUACCAGAAUCUGUUGGUGAUGGUCCUAUUGACUUUUCUCACGGAAAGGGAUAACAGGUGCCUAAGGUCUAAUGAAUGACAGGAGCUUCUGCUCUGAGAGCACCCACUCCUGACAGGGCGUCUUGCUAGGUGUUUCUGUGGUCCCAUUUAUUCUUACAGCCACCUGUAAGCUUGCUCUCAGUGCUGUGUAGCUAGUAGGUUGGAACAGAGCUCUCACUCCUCAUCCCAUAAUCUUUUACUCUAGCACACUGCAUUUUCCGUAAAGUAUUAACGUGAAAAGAUGUUCUAAAUAGCAUCUAAUCUCAUACCUCAAACAUUCAGCCUAAGAACUGGAAAAGUGGGGAGUGCUGUCAUUUUGGAGAAAGGAUCAAAUGUAAUUACAAAUAAAGAUGUUUUCUUAAACUCUUAUUUUGAAAUAAUUUGAGACUUACAGAAAAGUUGCAAAAAUAGUACAAAGAAUUCCUGUAUACCCUUCAUGCAGAUUCUUCACGUGUUAUCAUUUUACCACAUUUGCUUUUUUUCCUUCUGAAUAAUUUGAGAGUAUAGUCGCAGACCGGUGCCUAAAUACUUCACUGUGUAUUUCCUAGCACACAAGGACAUUCUGUUACGUGACCACAAUACAUUAACCAAAAUCAAGAAAUUAACACUGAUCCAAGUACAUUUAUUUAUCUAAUCUACAGACCAUAUUCAAUUUUGGCCAAUUGUCCUGUCAAUAUCUUUUGUAGCAAAAGGAAAUGGUUUUUUGGUCUAGGAAAAAUCCAGGACGACUUGUGGCAUUCAGUUGUCAUUUCUCUUUAGUCUCCUUUAAUGUGUAAUGGUUCCUCAGCCCAUGACCUUGACACUUUUGAAGAGUUCAGGCCAUUUAUUUUUAUAAUUUCCCUGAUUUUGGGUUUGUCUGGUGUUUCCUUAUGACUAGAUUCUGGUUUUGCAUUUUGGGGUCAGGAAUCCCACAGAAGUGAUGCUGAUUCUUCUCGGUGCAUCCUCUCAGGAGGCACCUGGUGUUGGGGUGCCUCGUUCCUGGGGAAGUGAAUUUCCACCGCUUGGUUCAGGAGGACCUCCAAAUGCAGUCAAGCAGAGAACUUUUAUGCACAGACGUCCCUGAAGAAUGUCUGAGGAGCAAAGAAGGAAGUGUACAGAUUACAGAACAAACUCUGCUAAAAUCUACUGAAGAGGUACAAGGUAUGAAGGUCAAUGGGACUAAGAUGGAUAAUAAUGAAGGACACAAGAAUGGCAAUGUGAGUAAAGGUCUCUCAGCUGGGUGCAGCAAAUACCCAGAAGUAGACAAAAUCAUGACCAGUGGUGAGGUUUCAGAAACCAGCACAAUAGUGUCCCUAGAGCCUUUAACCUUUGUGGACCCUGGAUUAACAGAAGCAACUCCUAAAGAAAAAGAAUGUGAAGAAUUAAAAACUUGUCCUUCUUGGUUGUCAUUGUUACCAGGGAACAGUGCCAUUUCCAAAGUGGACAAUGGAAAGGAAGAGUUGUGCAAAUUAAACCUUGUCUGUGAAGCAGAUGACAAUCACCAACAGAUUCUUGGCCACCAUAAUGAAAAACACAGUUGUGCACAUGGCAGUCCCAAAGCUACAAGAAAUGUAGUUGUUGUAGAAAAUUCUGAAGUUUCACAUUUCACAUCAAGUUUGUCUAGUCCAGAAUCCAGAACAACAUCCUUAGAAAAAUGUGGUUUUGAAGGUAAUUGCUUGCUGAAGAGAUCUGCUGAAAAGACAGAUAAUUCCUGUUUUGAUGGGAAUGAUCAAAGCAAGAACUUGGCUUCUAGGAAAGAAAAUGAAGAAGAACUUUUGAACCCCAGAAGUGAACCACAGGAACUCUUUUUUGUUAAUGCCAGGCAACCAGAAGCAAAUGCUAGUAAUCAUUGUUCUGGUGAUAAAGAGACUGUUGACUCCCCGAAAGAGAAUAUCCAUGAUAACUUGUGCAUUCAAGCUGGUAUCCACACAGACAGUUCUAGUUCUUUAAUGGCCAAUUCUUUUAGUGAAGCCACAGAAGUAAUGUUAAAAAAAAAUGAUUUGAAAAUCACUUCAGAGAUUCGGUGUAGCUUGACAAACUGUAAGGACCACAGAGUAACUUGUACAAAUAUGAGCCAUCCAGAUGGACACUCUGAAGAGAGCAGUUUUUCCUCCUUGAUGCAGAUUGAAGAGCCAGAACAGACUACCACUAUAGAGCCCAAUAUGUUAAGUAAAAAGUUUUACAGUAAAGACUCUAACUCCUUAGUCAGCACCCAGAGAAAUCUGGAAGGCAACACCCAGUUAAAUGAAGCAUCGUAUAAUGCGUUUCUUAUUGAAAGAAAAUCCCCUGUGAGUUUAAUGCCAGAGGACCAGAUAAGUCCUGUAAAUGAGGUAUCAAGACCCAAGAAAAAUAUUGCUCAGCUACCACCAUCGCUAGAGUUUGAUUACAGACUUGGGUCAGAAAAAGCUGUACAGACCUCACAAGAUGAUAUUCCACAUUUAGAUGAACAGAGCAUUGCCUGUGAGAUAAAUCAGUUUCCUUGUUCCGAUGAACUGGUUGUAAACAAAAUAGAAAAUGAAUGUGUUUUAAAUCAAGUGUCCCUUAAUUCUCGAGACCACACCAAGCUGCCAGCUGACGAAGAUUUGCCUUUAGCAACAAGCAAGGAUUCCCAACAGAGCCAUCACCCUCCAUUAGAGGCUGGAGUAGACGUCAUUGCUGAUACCCAAACCAUUUCCAGGAAGACGAAAAUGAAAGACAUCUCUCCACCAGGUGACAAAACCUGUGGUGCCUCUUCCAACAAUCCCACCUUAAACAUCAAACCAGUAAGUCUAGAAGGAAAAAGUAAAAUGGCUGAUUCAGGAACAGAAGAUCUACAUUCCAGACUUUUCUCAAGUAAGAAAGAAGCAGCAGGCUUGCCUCAAGAGGUUUCUGUCAUGGAAUGUCAAAGUGUUCGAUCUCAGGAUCUCUCUAGCUCUCAUUGUAUAAGAAAAAAUGCACCAGAAAAGAGCAUGGGUUCUGCUUGUACUGCUUUUGAGUCUAGCAAAACCAUCCUGGAAGUUGAAAACUCUUUGAUAACCAAGUAUGAAAAUGCAUUUCAGGGCAGCGAUCACCACUCCCAAGGAAGAGAAGUCUCCAUAAAAAGUACCAUCCAUAAGGUGACUGAUACAUUCGAGGAAAGUGAACUUGAUGGGAGAGAAACUAAAGGCAGCCUUCCAGAAGAUGAGAUUAGAAACAAAACAACAGUAGGCAUGUUAAACAGUGAAGCUUCCAGUCACACCACCAGUUACAUCCAACCCAGUGAGGAAGGGCUAGAAGGAAAGGAACAGAAUAUACCCAAAGAGACUGUGUUUUGUAAGUAUAGCAUCUCUGAUUGUGCCACACAAGAACUAAACCAAUCUGCAAACAUUCCAAGUCCUGAAAAACUGUUGGACCAGUCUCCUAGUAUUGUGUUCUCGAGUUUUAAAAUCAUGAACCAAACAAUUGAAACUCUUGAUCAGAAAGCAGAUGAAGUCUUUGACUGCCAGAGUAAUCUAGUCAGACCAGAUGUAGGCAGAAGUGAAGAUACCCUAGGUAGUGACCAGAGAGAGACCAUCACAGAGCCUAACAGAGAGGUAAGUCACAACCAAAGGGAUCUGCUAGUCAGUUCAGGCAGUAACAACUCAUUGUCUGGAGGUAGUCCAGAGAAAGGCGAUUUGAAAGGAGCCUUUGAAGGGAUUUCUGGUUGUGAGGAGUCUACAGAUGGUGUGGUAGAUGUCAUCUACACAGACUGUAGUAAUAAACCUACAGAAGGCGUGCUGGACAUAAGGGCAUCUAGUACAUUUGAUGGUGCUGCAAGGCAAAAUAGACUGGUAUUACAUGAAACCUCAAGGAGUACCCUGUCUCAGAGAGAACUGAAGGCUGCACUUACAGGAAUGAUUGACCAGGACUCAGAUUUCCCAGAUACUACUUCCUCUAUAGUGGAAUCUCUUGAACUAAAAAAAUCAUGUGAAGAGAAAGUAUGCAGAUCAUUAAAAGAUUGUGAAAUGGAAGUGUGUGUAGACUCUUGUGCCCAUGAGAUAGAAUGUAUUGCAGAUCAUGAACCAAAUAUAAAAAUAUUAGAUAGAGUAAAUGUGUCUUUAAAUUAUAUUCAUCAUGAACAGCAAGUUAAAGAAGGAUGUCUGAGAGAAACACAAGGAAUGGUUGAAGGAUCAAAACUGGAAAUAAAUUCUGACUUUGACAAGGAAGAUACCUUUGGAAUUUCCUCAAAAGAGGUAAUAUCUUUUAGAUGCCAAGGUGAGAACUCUGUUCCGCCAGGGAUCCUGAAAUCCAUUGAGCUAAUGCCUUUGUGUCUGUCUUCUGAAGAAAAUUCAGAAACUAAUAUUAAUAGUGAAGAAACUGACCUGGAAAAUCUUUUAAAACCAAAAGAUGAUGAGAUGCCUUGUGGAAACGUAAAGGACUGCACAGUCCUGCCUGAGCUCAAGAGAGGAGCACCAAGGGAUAUGAGUAAUCCUAGUGAAGGAAACAGUGUAGACAUCAGUGUGAAAAAUUUGCCUUUGACAAUGGAAACAGAAACUACAGUGAAAGGUGAAGAAACUGAAGAACAUCAAAGGGGACCACUGGGUCACUUAACUGUUGGGGAGGAAUCUGAGGAGAUGAUUACCAGAGAAUAUAGCCACGGUGAUAAUAUGAGUGAGAUUUCUCAGACCCACUUUAAAUCCCAGAGGAUGCUUGGUGAUGCCGACGAACAAAGCCAGAAGAUUUUGGACCACAUGUUGCAGAAGGAAGAGGAACAUAUACAGCAAAAAGAAGCACAUGCAAUAUUGGAACAAUGCACAUCAUCUAAUAUGUUGUCAGAUGAGGUGCGAAGUAAGAACCAACCUAAGGAUUGUAAAGAUAAGUUCCCCAUGAUGAAAGAAAUCACCCUAGCAAAGCUGGCCAAGGGCGACAUUGCUGCACGGUUUCAGAAGUUGAAAGACCCACAGGAGGAAAGCUUGUGUCAUCCAUUAAAAAAGAACAUUAAGUUGUGCACAGGUCCUUGCCUUCGUGGUGCCCCCUGGAAAGCACAAGACCCCUCCUCUGCUAGGUGUGAUGAAAUACACGGUGCCUUUGGGAACACUUCACAUCAGAAAAUAGUGCUUCCCUUAAAGAAGCAGCCCCAUCGAACAUGUAAGAAAGUUACCUGUCAGGAGCAAGUCAACAUGGGGAGAAAAGUGAGUAAAAUCAGAAGUUCUGUCCUUUUAAAGAGUUCCUCUGAAACCAUCCCCACAAAAGCACACAGAUUUCUCAGUUCACAUACUGUAUCUGCGCCCACAAAACUGGAACCCGAAACAGUACCUACUGGGAGCUUAAUUAGCCAAAUACCAAAGCAGAAGGCUAUUCUGUGCCAUCCUUUGAGGAGCCUGAAUGUUAGGAAGCCUACCAAAGAAUCAGCCUUAUUCAACAAGCUGUCCAUUCUUGCCUCCAAACUGGCCCCAGCCAUGAAGACCCAGAAACUAAGAUAUCGGCCGUAUUCCUCUGAACUUCUUCCAGUGACUAAAAGCUACAAGCGACUCAGAUAUAAAAGACUCCUGGAUGGAUUUUCGUAUAAUACAAUACAGUUGAAUCCAUAUUUGGCAGCUAGUGGAUGGGAUAAGUGGCCUAAUAGUAAGCCUUUGACACUUUAUUCUCUUGAAGCCAUCAAAAUGAAUUUCAUAGAUUUGAGCGACAAGAUGCCAUCGCUGCUGUUUGGUUCUGAAAUCUUCCCAGUAUCCUUUCAUGUGAAAUCAGGCUCUGAGUGCAUGGCUGAGUCCCCAAGGACUUUUCCGGAGCACUGUGCUCCAACGAGGCUUGCCUUAGGAGAGGCCCCACAGUGCCCAUCUCAACCUCCCAAGUGGACCUUUUCUUUCUUCUUGUCCCACGGUUGCCCUGGGAUGGCCACAUUCAGGGAAGACACUGGCCUCCGUGGUCAGGCAUGCGCCCAGGCUCCUUCACACCCUCCAGUUCCUCUCCAAGACUAUGGAGGCACCGCCAUAGUCCAGACCAGAGCAGGCUGCUCUGUCCUUGGCCUUCACACACUUCUAGCACUUUGUUCCCCUGGAUGUUACCGGAUCUGGACAAAAAAACGGAGCUUCUCCAGUCACAUGCCUGCCAUGCAGAGGCUCUUCAUGACCCAGGUUACACAGGGCUUGAAAGGGUUAAGGUCUCCAGCCUCCAUAGCAGACAAAGUCUUCUGUUCUCUACCCUACUCGGUGGGCCGAGUGCUGUCCAUUUGGAGCCAGCAUGGGCCUACUGCCUGCCCCUUCGAAAUCUCUGCUCUUCAUUCCACUCACAGCAUGCGGCAGCCAACUCUGGGCACCAUAAGCAGCCACACCAUGUUACCACAUGUGCCUCUUCCAGGCGUGGAAGCUACUUACAACACCAGCGGCAGUCAGAUGAGUCUAGAGCCUUCAUUCUCUGCCUUGGUACCAAAGUCUUGCUUGGUAACAGAAUCAGCUGUCAGCAAGCUCUUGCUUUCAGCCUCUGAGUUCCAGGUUCCUGGAUUUGAUGAGCUGGAUGGUGUGACAGCAGCGUGCCCCCGGCCCCAGAGCAGCUCUCCGGAACAGAAAGAGGCCGAGCCAGAGAAGAGGCCAAAGAAAGUCUCACAGAUUCGCAUCCGGAAAACCAUUCCUAAGCCAGACCCUAAUCUUACCCCCAUGGGCCUUCCUCGACCCAAAAGGUUAAAGAAAAAGGAGUUUAGUUUAGAAGAAAUAUAUACCAACAAGAAUUAUAAGUCUCCUCCUGCAAACAGGUGUUUAGAGACCAUCUUUGAGGAACCUAAGGAACGAAAUGGUACGCUAAUCUCAAUCAGCCAACAGAAGAGGAAACGAGUUCUAGAAUUUCAGGAUUUUACGGUCCCACGAAAGAGGAGAGCUCGUGGUAAGGUCAAAGUGGCAGGCAGCUUUACCAGGGCCCAGAAGGCGGCACUGCAGAGUCGAGAGCUGGAUGCCCUUUUGAUCCAGAAACUAAUGGAACUGGAGACCUUCUUUGCCAAGGAAGAGGAACAGGAGCAAUCAUCUGGUUGUUGAGAAGCAAUUCAGUUUGGGGGUAUCAAUUUUAGAUUUUCCAGGCCUCCUUGGAAAAGAUUUCCUAAUUUUGCCCUACUGCCCAAACCACUCAACAUGCAGUCCGUGGAUUUUUACCUAUUUCAAGGUGCAACCUUUUUAGGAACUGGUGAAGGAGGGUCCUCUACUUCUACUGCUGAGUAUAGAACCUCAGGAACGCUCCCUUUCUCCUGGAAAUGGUCCUGAGUGACAUCUGGCCUCCUCCGCACACUCUCUGCCAUCCACAGGAGGAGGCCGCAGCAUACCUUCAGAAACACUAGGAUUCCAAGGACUCACAGCAUUUGCACGUCCAUGUGAAAGUUCCGCGUUGUUUACGGUGGUGCUAGACCAAGAUUAUUUAGAGACGUGGCCUAGGGAGGGGUACCUGGCAUCCUGGCCUAUAUGGUCUCACCGGCUCAUUUCAGUAGUUGAGGAAUGAUGAGCUGUUUGGUUUUCUAAUCCUUUGAGUCUGUCUGCCCAGAACCGAUGUGUGUGUGUGCGUGUGUGUGUGUGGCUUUUUCCCAUCAUUUUCUUCCCUCUGUGACUGUGGGUCACUAGUGCCAGAGGAGCCCAUCCAGGCCCCAUUCGAAGUAAGUUGCACUUUUUAAUGUUGUGGUGUUGAUUAUUUUCCUUUGCUUUCUUUCUUUCUUUCUUUCUUUUUUUUUUUUUUUUGGUAUUAUUGCUGCAUGUUUGGAGCCUUUAAAUGUGAUUUUAAAACAAUUUUUUUCAGACAUCAUGGAGAAAGACAAUACAUGUCUUCAGAAUAUAUGAUAGGCAUUCGACCCAGUUUUUCGGUGCAUGGUGUGGGACAAUGGACAGACAUUUUCCCAUUCAUGUGUCUCAAGCAGUCCCUUCCCCAUCUCCAACUUCUAGUGUAACUCAUUAGCAGGAGCACUUUUUUCAUCUGGGUUCUUAUUCUUACCCACUAAGUAGAUGUAUCUAUUUUAAUAACAGAAGUAAGAGCAGGUUUCUCUCCCAGUCAUUUAAGAAAUAUGAAGAUUGGGUGUGGUUUUAAUGGGUUUUAUCUGAAGUGGUCUGUCACAAAGUUGAGAACAACAGCUCGGGCGAUGAUAAAGUCUGACCCAGAGUGUUUGCAGCUGUCAGAGCAACCUACUCCAAGAGUGGGGAGAGGAGAUGGCCGUGGUUCAAACCCAGUGAUGCAUUCUGGCAGUGCGAUCACGAAAUUCCACAGCCAGCUCUCUCUGAGGGCACGUCAUACUCUGGGCUCCUGUGUCAAACCUGCUGGGAAUUUUGUAGAAUGCCAGGGUUAGCUGAGCUGCUUCACCUGUGCCUGCAGGAGUCUGUGGGCAGAAGAGUACUGUGUGGGUCAGCAGGCCCAGAGGUUUCAUUCCUUUUCCACUUAAUCCCUGGGUAUCCUCGCCCUGCUUCCCCUCCCUUCCUUCUCUUAGGUUUUAUCUUUUUUUCUCUCUCUCUUUCAAAACAAGAGUUCGGAGAAUUAACAUUCCUUGGCUGGUGAGUGGGGUGCUAAACCCAGCCUCAGGUUACACUGGUCGCCUCUUCCCAUUCUCCUAGGAGCCACUGCUGGAAAGCAGCCACCGAUGGGAACUGUCAGAGUUCCAGAAACAUUUUCAAGUCAGUCUGUUAGAGAAGAGUGAGUGGUGCCCUCCUGGAAUGUGUCUCCUAGGUUUCUUUUGCUUCCCCAUUUGUUAGUGGGUGGGGAGAUGGGGUGGGGGUGGGGGGUCUCUAUGUGCCUUUCCUUUGCAGGUUGACAGUCUGUGCCACACUGGAGCAGAAAAACUGACAUGAGCAAGAAAAACAAAGUGCCACGUCUGUCUUCUAGGCCCACUGCCUCAGCCAUAGCAUUUAGUAAGUGAAAUACACACCUGGUAAUCCAUGGAGGCUUCUUAAGGCCAUGGCAAAAUAGCAUUAGAAGAGAGCCAUGCUUCCACACUGGCUCUGAAUGAUGCAAGCUAGAUUCUGCCGUUCUGCAUCCACUUUGCCCAGACUGUAUAGACACGACCUGUGUUUCACCUCAGUACCUCUCCCUUCCUGGGACAGGGUCCUUAGACACUAAAUGCUUCUCUCUGUCUUCUUGCUUAAGGGAGUGGGGUGAGUAACACAUCGUGCCCUUGUACAAACGUUUUAGGGAGCUCCUGCUGGACAGCUUGCAAGCUCCCAGUGAGUCGACAGAACCCUGUUUGCCAGCUCCAUUGCCAGUGUAGACGAGCCAGCAGUGUGGCAGCCGUGUCAUCCCGCAGACUAAAGUUGAGGUGGGCACAGCUGUGGUAUCACCAACAUCACAGAGAUACAACUUUAAGUUUGCCCAUUGCAGGUGUGGCACUUGUAAGGGCUAGGAGCAGUGAUUUGGGACAUUGGCAUCUGGGAGGGGAGGAUUGGAGGAAAUGGAGACCUGGGCUCCCUCCUUGUCCUGGGAAUGAAGGAGAGAAGCUGCUCUGAGGCCAACCCUUGAAAUUCUUGGCCUGCCCUCUGGCUAGGGCCCUUCCCCCACUCCAAAGUUAAGAAGGGGCCCCCCUGCAAACUUGAAAUUGCUUACCUGAAGUUGAUACAUCGGGUUCUGCUCAGCCACACCUGUCUUAACAUCCAUUUUCACCAUUGGCCUAGCCAGCUGCAGUGCUGUCUGUGAUCCUCGGAGCCUGUGGUACCUGCCCACGAUGGGAGACGUUAGACGGCUGCUGGCACGUCACCUGCCCAGAGCUACAGGAGGUCUGGUUCUGGGGUGGGAGUUGGUACAAUUUCUGAGUAUGGGGACUUCCUACCCCAAGUGGUGGGGAGUUACAGUUAACCGUAACUUACUCAACUUCAGAGGUUUAGUGUUUUUCAUAUGGGAAAGAGAGGAGAAAUCUCAGGUCCAAUCAGGGUUAUGCCCAUUAGCUUUUUGCUGAAACUUUGAACUAUGGUUUUUUGCAGCUUUCAGUUUAUGGCUAUAUUUGCCCCUCCCCCUCCCUCUCCCCCGACCCACCUUCCCCUCCUUCUCUUUUCUUUUGGUUUCCUUUCCAACUUCAUUUCUCCUUUAGUUUAAACGUACCUCAUCACCUGUUAAAGCAAAUUAUGUCCACUUUUUCUUACUGACCUUACUCUAAGAGCUACAACUGAGGGAGGUACAGUGAAAGACAUGUAGCGUUUGCCUUACUUGGAGCCUGAAGAGCUCAGAAACUCAUGCUGUGAAUCCCAAAACUCAGCGCCCCUCCAAGAGCUGUGAAAAUCAUGACACUUUGUCACAAUUUUGCCUGAAAGGGUCUUUUGCGUGGGCGCCAGAGCCAACCUGAGGUAAAUUCCAGAUCCCACCCUCUGGGCACGAUGCUUCCCACAUGGCUUAUUCCCUGCCUGCCAGGCCAAGAGCAGCACAGAGUGUGCAGGACUGGGGCAGCAAUCCGAGGCUUUGGUGCAGCUUAAUGGAACGCAGAGCCAGUGCUGCGUCUCCAGGCUGGGAUUUCAUCUCAUGAUCAAUACCAUGUCCAUUCAGAUCCGCGAAAGACCAACCUUUAGGCAGUGAUACUUCUCUCCCAUUACCUGGGGGGAAAGUAUGCAGUUGGUGCUUUCUUAAUUCCCUUGUUUUGUUUUGUUUCUAUAAGCUUUCCCCCGGUAUCAUGGAAAGGACCUUUUAAACACCACUCUGUGGGUAGCUGUAUCCAAAAUCUAAGUAAUUGGCCAGACGUGCAGAGUAUCCUUUCCUGGGUUCAUGCAAGGAAGGGGCUCCUUCCACAGCUGAACUUCUUCCCUAAGAAGCUGGCUGGGGAGGAAGGCUUAACUUUACUAAAAUCAAAGUUUAAUAUUACCAUCUAGCCACAAAUUGAGCAGCAAAGGCUAUUUCGAUAGUGAAAUGAGGGUCCCCAUGUAGCCUGCCAUUAAGCACAGCAUACCCAGAUUUGAUGCUUGUUCAUUGUGUGUCUUCACAAGCCCCUCUCUGGUGCUGAAUUGGAUUUGAAUUCUUGGUGAGAGGCCUCAGCAUCUUUUUGGGCUGGUCUGGGCCAGUAAAUAGCUGCCUGAAGUGUUUAUAUAUUAUCAUGGUCAAUAGUUCAGUGAAAUUUGUACAUUUUUGGUAACAUUGGCAUACAUGAUGCCCCUGCAGUUCCUUUUCUGUUUGGUAGUUUGUGACUCUAAAAUUCCCACUGUUAUGUGUGUUAAUUUAUGAAAAUAAAUUUUUUUUUGAAAACCUUUCA